AAUAAAGUAUUGGGAAUAGGAAGAACCAAAAAACAGAGCCACAAAAAUGUCAGUCUUCCUCUGUUUAUUCUUCCUUUUACCCCUUAUCUUAAUCCUCUUGAAAAAUCUCCGACCCUCGAAAUGGAAUCUUCCUCCGGGACCACCGAAGCUACCGAUCAUCGGAAACUUACACCAACGUCGAGAACUACAUCCCAGGAAUCGCCGGAAUCUCUCCCAAAAGUACGGACCAGUGGUGCUUCUCCGCUUCGGAUUUGUCCCCGUGGUCGUGAUCUCAUCGAAAGAAGCAGCAGAGGAAGUGCUCAAGAUCCACGAUCAUGAGUACUGUAGCCGACCAGAGACAGUCGGGACCAGAAAGAUCUCUUACAACGGCAAGGGUAUCGGAUUCGCGCCUUACGGUGAGGAAUGGAAGGCGAUGCGAAAGCUCUCGGUGGUCGAGCUCUUCAGCAUGAAAAAGCUUCAAUCUUUCAGGUAUAUCAGAGAGGAAGAGAAUGACUUGUUUGUCAAGAAACUAUCUGAAUCUGCUUCGAGGCGAUCUCUAGUGAAUCUGAAGAAAACCCUUUUUACGUUAGUCGCAAGUAUUGUGUGUAGGAUCGGGUUCGGGCUGAAUCUGCACAAGUGCGAGUUCAUCGACGAAGUUAGCAUCGCAGAUUUUGUGCACAAGUGUGAAUCGGUCACGAGGACUUCUAUGUUCUCUGAUUUCUUUCCGGGAAGAACUGGUAGACUUAUUGAUUGGAUCUAAGGUCAAAACAAGAGAUUGGAGAAUACUUUCUCGGAAGUUGACAGUUUCCUACAGAAUAUUCUCGAUGAUCAUCUUAAGCCUGGAAGAAGAGUACAAGAGAGCUCUGAUAUCAUUGACGUGAUGAUUGAAAUGAUGAGGAAGCAAGACAACGAUGGAGACUCUUUUAAGCCCACCACAGAUAAUCUCAAAGGAAUGAUAUCGGACAUAUUUAUAGCAGGAGUUAACACAAGCGCCUACACAAUGAUAUGGGCAAUGACCGAACUGAUCAGAAACCCUAGAGUGAUGAAGAAAGUUCAAGAUGAGAUUCGAACAACACUUGGGAACAAGAAAGAGAGAAUCACAGAACAAGAUCUCACCAAACUUCAUUACUUCAAGCUAAUGGUUAAGGAGACAUUGAGGUUACACCCUGCAGCUCCACUUUUGCUCCCAAGAGAGACAUUGUCUCACAUCAAGAUCCAAGGCUACGACAUUCCCGCAAAAACUAAGAUCUUGAUCAACGCUUACGCGAUUGCACGUGACCCAAAAAUCUGGACAAACUCAGAUGAGUUUAAUCACAGGUUUCUUGACAGUAGCAUAGAUUACAAGGGAUUGAACUUUGAGCUUUUACCGUUUGGUUCUGGUAGGAGAAUUUGUCCAGGGAUGGCAUUGGGGAUCGCCAUUGUUGAAUUAGGGUUGUUGAAUUUGCUUUACUUCUUCGAUUGGGAAUUGCCGGAGAAAGAUGAAGCCGACAAGAUCAUCAUCGGAAAUGAAGUUGCUCUUGAACUCAUUCAAGUUCUUCACCACUGAAAAUCUGAUUCGUUUGUUACAACUUCUUAAUGUUAGUUAUUGAAUAUGUGUGUAUUAGAAUCAUAGGGUCUACUACUACUACUAUUCAACUUUUUAAAUUUGGUUAUU